UGUUGUGCAACGUGGUGACGUCAUUAGUGUGCGACACGUCCACCUCCUGACGCUCAAUGUCAGCUCGCACACAUUUACUUUUAUAACAGUGGUAGUUCAAACAUUAAGUAACUGCCAUGCAAAGAGCUGCUCGGACAGCUAUCUGUGACUGGUGUCAGCCUGUCGGCUCAGCGAUGAUUCGACAGAGUUUAAAAUGCAGAGUGCCCCUGCAGCACAACUCGCGUGCUUACAGCGUGCUUCCGCCGCCUCGCGACGACGAGGAGAAGGAGAUGAUGCACCAGAUGCUGCGCGUGGACCACGCCGGGGAGUUCGGUGCCAACCGCAUCUACGCCGGUCAGAUGGCCGUUCUGGGCAGAACCAAGACCGGGCCUCUUAUCCAGCAAAUGUGGGACCAAGAAAAGAAACACCUAGCAAAAUUCAAUGAAAUUAUUGCUGAGAACAGAGUUCGACCCACAGUGCUGCUACCUCUCUGGAACAUUGCCGGCUUUGCAUUAGGGGCAUCCACGGCAUUGCUGGGGAAAGAGGGGGCCAUGGCCUGCACCGUGGCAGUGGAGGAGAGCAUCUCAGAGCACUACAACAGCCAAAUAAGAGCUCUGAUGGAGAGGGAUCCAGACAGAUACACUGAACUGUUACAAAUAAUAAAGGAUUUCCGAGAUGAUGAGAUGGAGCAUCAUGACACAGGAUUAGAGCACAAUGCAGAAUCAGUACCUGGAUACUGGCUAUUAAAAAAUGCCAUACAGCUGGGAUGCAAAGCUGCAAUAUAUGUUUCUCAACGCGUUUAGCUCUGUGUGAAAAAACUGAUGGAAUAUUUUUGAUAUUUUAAUUCAGUUUGUGUGAAUGAGUUCAUUUGAAUUUCUAAUCAGUGAAGGAAACACCUCUUGUUGCAGUAUACUUUACUUCUACCUGAAAAAAUGUUCAAAUAACGUACUUUUUGUUUUCUUUGCACAUCAUUUACUCCACAGACUCUGAAAUAUGGAGCUGGAGGCGGUCUCUGCUGAAUAAAUGUCUGACAUGGGUGCUGUUUACUGAAUGUCACGGUCCUAUCUCUGUGUUGCAGUUUUGUUGAAAAAAAAAACAUGUUUGAAAAGUGAUGGAAAUGCAGUAAAGUGAAUAUUGAACGUAACCUAUGAGAUUUCUUCUCUUCUAAUCUCCUGCUAGUGUGCUGCGACACCUCAAAUAAUCGUAAUAAGGACAUAUUGAUACAAGCAUGCUUACACCAUCAUACCCUUCAGCAGAGUCUCGUGUUUCACAUGUAAUAGUUCAUGAAUCAGGCUGAGUGAUGGCUUGUCAACCCUGCAGAGCUGCUAAACACCCUCACACAGCUGUUCUGGGGACAUCAGGUCACCCAACAAAAAGGAUCGACAAAAGGCCUCUCCAGGGGCUCCUAAUCUAUUAGCCCCUUCAGCAAGUCUGUCACGCUGGUCAUUGUCCUUAAUUCUGCAUUGUAAAACGUGGGAUAUGAUGUGGGAGGGGGGGAUAAAAUGACUCAAAGAUUA